ACGCAAUUCAUUCCGUUUCUCCUCCGUUUCUCCCCCCUAUAUAAUCACUCUCCCCUCUAUCUCCCCCUUGUUUUCGGCCUCAACAUACAACGAUUUCCCCCCUUUCCGAGAAAAAAAAAAACCCCGCAAAAAACCUCUCUUCUUCCCCUCGCUCACUUCGCUUUGUGUCCUUCUGCCGUUGGAAUUCUAUACUCUAUGGCGAAGCGCGUCCUCGUCACCGGCGGCGCCGGCUACAUUGGGACUCACACCGUGCUCCAGUUGCUCUUAGGCGGUUACCGCGCCGUCGUCGUUGACAGCCUGGACAACUCCAAUCAACUCGCCCUCCGCCGAGUUAAGGACCUCGCCGGCAAGCACGCCGAUAAUUUGUCUUUCCACCAGGCCGAUCUAAGGGACAAAUCUGCUCUGGAGAAGAUUUUCACGGGGGCAAAAUUUGAUGCUGUCAUCCACUUUGCUGGACUGAAAGCAGUUGGCGAGAGUGUUGAGAAUCCCUUGUUGUAUUACAACAACAAUAUCAUUGGAACAAUUGCUUUGCUGGAAGUAAUGGCUGCCCAUGGAUGCAAGAAUCUUGUCUUCUCAUCUUCAGCCACUGUUUAUGGUUGGCCAAAGGAAGUGCCAUGUACAGAAGAAUCUGCAAUCAGUGCAAUGAACCCAUAUGGGCGUACCAAGCUUUUCAUUGAAGAUAUUUGUCGUGAUGUCUACCACUCAGACUCAAAAUGGAAGAUAAUUUUGCUGAGGUAUUUCAAUCCGGUUGGCGCCCAUCCAAGUGGUAAGAUUGGUGAGGAUCCACGUGGAGUCCCGAACAAUCUCAUGCCCUAUGUGCAGCAAGUUGCUGUUGGCAGAAGACCUCAUCUAACUAUCUUUGGGACUGACUACAAGACCAAGGAUGGAACUGGGGUCCGUGAUUACAUCCAUGUUGUUGAUUUGGCGGAUGGUCACAUUGCUGCAUUGCGUAAGCUGGAUGCACCCAAUAUAGGUUGUGAGGUAUACAACUUGGGAACAGGGAAAGGAACAUCAGUAUUGGAGAUGGUUGCAGCAUUUGAGAAGGCAUCCGGAAAGAAAAUCCCUCUAGUAAAGGCUGGACGGCGACCCGGCGAUGCUGAAAUAGUGUACGCAUCAACAGGGAAGGCAGAACGUGAAUUGAAUUGGAAGGCCAAAUUUGGAAUUGAAGAAAUGUGCCGGGACCAAUGGAACUGGGCCAGCAACAACCCUUACGGCUACAAUUCAUCGGACGCCCCUAACGGAACCAAGUAGGAAAAAGAAAGAAGAAGACACAGCAGCAUUCUCACAGGUUUUUUUUCUUUAGGUACAAAAGCACAGUAAAGAAGCAUAUGAUAUCGGUGUAGAUUCUUCCUUCCUCUUAAAAAAGGGUAUUUAUUACUGUUUGUAGGCAGAGAAAGAGGGUUUCUGUUCUUCUUGCUCUUCUUACUAUACAUCUCCUGAAUAAACAUCUUGCUGCGGGCUUCCUGCCUGCCCAGUAUUGAAAGUAGAAAAUUAGGAUUGAGUUUUUCUUUUCUUUUCCUCUGUUUUCUUGGGUUCUAGAUAUGUGUAAAGAGGGUUUAAGGUUAGGGUUGGUCUGUUUUGGGUCUCUAAUUGUUAGCACCACUGCCACAUUGUUCACAGAUUAUGAAUAGAGAGCUGUUCCAUGAUCCCCCAUGUGUUCUGUAAAGCAAGCUGUUCUGCUGCAUGAGUGGUAAACGAAAAGAAAGGAAAGAAGGAACGAAUUAUUGUUUAUUGUAGAGCAGAUUCUGUGCCUGGUUGGUUGUCAAAGUGGCAAUUAGAGGAGGACCACGCCACAUUUUGAGAUGUUCUUCCCCUUCUCUUUCUCCUCUCCAAGUCCAACUUGGCCUAAUAGUGGGAACCUAAACAAGUGUCCAGGCAGCAUUCAUGCAUUCAUUCAGUGGCACGGCACCACCGUCAGGGAGAGAGAGAGAGGAUUAUUAUUGCUCGUGCUUGUCUCGUUGGCGGUGUUUUGAAUUUCCUAAUCAUUGGGAUCGGUGGGAUGAAUGGGCGCUUUUACAACAUGAGAUCAAUAGUUUAUUAGGCCAGCAGCAAUUGCGGAUUCUUAUGAGAGCAGAGAACGUGGGUUGAGGUUCUGGGAGGCCAAAUCAAAUGCGAGAAUGUUAAUGAUGCUUCGCAGUUGGCAUAUAGUCUCUCUUCUAUGGGUUUAAAUACUUAAUUAACGAUAAAAAGUCGAAGAGAACUUGGUACAUAUAUGUUUACAAUAUAAGAGAUUCAAUUAGAAAUUUAGAUUAAGAUUACGUUCCAUUAUUAAGUUGCCG